AUGGAAAUGGUGCUCUCCGGGAUGCUUGAGAGCACCACGUGUAAACCUGGUGUGUGGACUAUGAAUACCAUUCUUAGUGUGCUUGGUAACAAGGGUCAAAUUGAAAUGAUGGAAAGAAGGUAUGAAAAAUUCCACAAUUUCGGAAUUGAGCCAGAAACACACACUUUUAACAUUCUGAUUGGUGCUUAUGGAAAGAAAACGAUGUACGAUAAGAUGUCUUCAGUAAUGGAAUACAUGCGUAGGCUUUCAUUUCCUUGGACGACAUCAACGUACAACAAUAUAAUCGAGGCAUUUUCAGAUGCAAGCGAUGCCAAGCACAUGGAGUAUACAUUUGAUCAGAUGCGUGCUAAAGCCAUGAAGGCAGACACCAAGACUUUCUACUGCCUCAUCAGAGGGUAUUCCAAUGCUGGUCUUUUCCAUAAGGUGAUCAACAAUGUUAAAUUGGCUGGAAAAUUAGAGAUACAUGAGAAUACCUCGUUCUUUAAUGCUGUCAUAUAUGCAUGUGCAAAGGAGAUGGAUUUAAUGGAGAUGGAAAGAGUUUUCAUGUGA